AUGUCUCGAAGUGCAUCGCCAUUUGUGCGUGCACCGACCGAAGAGGAGGGCUACAAUUCCACACAUCGUGCAUUUCUCCAAGCCUUUCACACACAUGGCGUCCUCACGGUAAACGAGAUGAAGCCGAUUCUAGCCCACAUCAUGACGGCAUACAACCCCAAUCGGCCAUGGACACAAGGCGACGUAACACCCGCCAUGCUCAACACUAUGAUCCAAACCAUCAACGGGCAGCUCGAGGCAUUCGACUACGAGAUCCGGUCGAUGCGCGACCAGCAAAGCAAAGAGACCAUGUACGCGCUCGUCAACAACACGAGCGACGCGCUCACGCAGUUUGCCACGACCUUCUCGGCCAACGAAAUCGCCUACAUCCGGCGGCUGCUCGACCACAUGUUUGAAACAAACAACACCAGCGUGCGCGAAACAAUGGCGGUCAAACAUACCGAGGCGUCGCAGCUAGCGCGCGCAUCGCGACGCAGCCGCCAGAGCCAGGGCGCGCUCCACCAGCAUGACACGCAGGACUCGCAGCAGGCAGACACGAGCAUCUCGAUUGCAGACGCAGACAUGGUGCUGGACCGCCUGGUCGCGCAGGCGUUUCUGCACAAGUCGCGCGCGGGGUACUACUCGCUUGCGCCGCGCGCUCUCAUGGAACUGCGCGCCUAUCUCAAGGAGACGUACAACGAUGACGACGGCGGCGACGACGACGGCGAUGACGCACAUGCUGUGAUUCGCAUUCGCGACUGCGAGGGCUGCAGGGAAAUCGUCACCUAUGGUGUGCGGUGUAACAAUCGCGAGUGCGGGGUGCGGUGGCACGAUGCGUGUGCGAAUAGCUAUUACCGAGGGCGGAGGGACAGCGAGAGAAAGUGUCCUCGGUGUAAGACCGAGUGCACGGGAGAUGUUUUUGUGGGCGAGAGGGCGGAUACGAUGGCGUCGAGGAAGAGUCAGGGUGGAAGAAGGGGUGUAGACGAAGAAGAAGAGGCGGAAGAGGAGGAGGAGGAUGAAUAA